GUAGUUUAACUAUUCUUUAGGAAAAUUGAGGACUUCUCUUGCUUUUUUAAGGGUUAAGAUUCAAAACACCUGGAUAUUACUGAGUAGUAUUUCAUCACUUUUGGAAUUUCCAAAUUCCAGUAUCCAGUUCCAAGCGCAUAGCUCACAUUGUCAAUCAGUUUGAGUGGCUGCCUUAGCACAACUUAUACUGCUGUCAGGUGAUAAGGAGGAUUAUGUGUGCAUAAGCCAUAAUUUGCAAGUCACUAUGGAUGCUGCACUCAACUUCAUGCCGUUAAGUUCAUUAGUACUCCCUACUUCAUCAACUUCACUCUUUCCUCGUCCUCUUAUUCGGAAGAAAGCAAAACACAUGCCUUGUGUGUCUCAAAUUCUUGACAAUGCUGACAGCUCUGCCUUUGUGAACACCUCCUCGAAAUCUGUUACCCGUCGUCUUAUUCUACUGCGUCAUGCGGACAGCUCUUGGAAUAACCCUUCUUUACGGGAUCAUGAUCGUCCUUUAAGUAAAACUGGUCGUACCGAUGCCGCUGACGUCUCAUACAAGCUUCAACUCUUAGGUUGGGUUCCUGAGUUGAUCCUAUGCAGUGAUGCCAUGAGGACAAGGGAGACACUCUCGGUAAUGCAAGAGCAAGUCAAGGGCUUCUUACACGCUGCAGUACAUUUCAUUCCUAGUUUUUACUCGGUUGCUGCUAUGGAUGGCCAGACUGCUGCACACAUCCAGCAAAUGAUUUGCAAAUUCUCCUCCGAUGACAUUCUUACAGUUAUGUGUAUGGGACAUAAUAAAGGCUGGGAGGAAGCGGCCUCCAUGUUUACUGGUUCAGUAAUAGAAUUGAAGACGUGCAAUGCUGCUUUGCUUGAAGCCACUGGAAAAUCCUGGGAAGAGGCUUUUGAGUCGGCGGGACUUGGGGGGUGGCAGCUUCAAGCCAUUGUUAAGCCGGAUAGCAACCUUGAGAAUUAUGUUCCUACUUGAAUCCGGCCUUCUCAAACUAAAAAGGAGAUCAAUAGAUACCAAUACGCAACACUUGUUGCCUAGUGUAAGUCUGUGUCUUAGUCUCAUCGCCCUACAAGGAUAUGGCGGCCAUAUUUGCCACAAACAAUAUCAAGCUUGAAGCAGAGCGUGUACCUAUUUGUUGAUGCUUUGCAUACUUUUAGGGGGAAAAAAGUGUAUAGCGCUACUCAAAGUCAUAGAAAGGUUUAAGGAAGCCGAUAGCCAUUUACUUUUGAAAUUUUAUAUAGCCUAAGGGAUUGUAUCUUGCAAAACUUUUGAAAGAUGACAUCAUCACAAAAAGUUUACCAUUAUGUAAAAGUUCGAUUAUGUGAUGUUCGGUUACCCAGUUUUACACUUAAA